AUGAUUGUUUUAUUCUUUUUUGUGUUUUUUCUAAUAUCUUCUAAUGUUGUUCAAGCGUCACAAAAUUCUGAAAACUCCAUAAGGAGAAGACGCAGGGGAUUUAGCUCACCACGUAAUUUACUUAAAACAAUUAAAGAUAAAAUACCAUUUUUAAGUAGCAGAUAUAACUGUGAAUCAUUUGAAAGUGAAAAUUUAAAUGAACAAGAAAGAAAUAGAUCAUACAGCUGUUUUGAAAGUUUUUCAUAUAUAGAUAAUAAUAAUGAUAAAAAUGAAGAAGAUUCUCUAAAUACUCCGCAAACAAAUUUGUCUUCAUUAUCUAAGGAUAAUAAUGUAUACGAGAAAAUGGAUUUAGGUUCAAAGUUCAAAUUACAUGAAAACUGUUAUAAAUAUUCAACCAAUGAAUCUACAAAUAAAAUUAAUCAGAAUAUUUUAUUUCAAAAACCUUUUCAUUAUAAUUUUAAUAGUGAUAGUUCAAAACAAGCUAACACAAAUAAAGCUUCAUUAUAUAAAAAUUAUUCUACUAAUAAAGAAAUAAAAAAUAUUAUGAGAAGAAGUUAUGCAGGCAAUGUUAAUAAUUCAGAUAAUAAUAAAGGUAAAAGAAGGCAUUCAUUUCCAUUUAUUUUUUCCCUUAGAAGAAAAAGUGCAAAUGCUAAUAUAUCAUAUCCUCAAAACAAUGAUUCUAUAAAAGAUUAUGGGAAGUAUGCAGUUGGAGGUAUAUUCACUUGGUCUAAUGAUGAUAUAUCCAUGCUUAGAAUCUUCCCGAAAAGAAAAGGUAGUUUAACUCUUUCUAUUGAGUGUAAUCUUAAUUUAAAUGAGGAGGGGAAUAAAGAUAUAAAAGAAUUAUAUAUUUUGUGCGUUAAUGAAUUAGAUAAAAUUGAAAAUCAAGAUAUUAUAUCAGAAGAUAAAAUAAAUAAUGGCAGCUUUUUUUCUGGUGAAGAUAAAUGUAAAGAUAUAUAUGAACAAAAUUUUACAAAAUGCAAAAAAGAGGAAUUGAAAAGAUGUUAUUUAAUUUUUAAAAUGUACGAUAUUAAUAAAAAGCAAGCUAGAAAAAAAAGAUUAAUCCGUUCAUAUUCUGUAGGAGAUAUUGAUGAACUUGAAAUUUCCGAUAAAUAUUUCCACAAUAGUAAUACUAAUGUUAAUUCGGAAAAUUCCAAAAAAAAGAGGACAACAGAAACAGAUAACUUCUCAGUUAAUAAUAGCAGUCAACUUUCAUUACCCAUUGAAUUUAUUGAUACGAAUUAA